CCAGCGGGGGAUUGGUGCUGAAAGACUUCAUUGUGUCGGGGAUUGAAUGAGGGAGUUUGCGUUUUGUCGAAGUCCGUCUGUUAUCGUCCACACAGCGCGGACUAACUGCUCUGCCCGAGUCCGAGCCAUGCGCGUUAUCAUGCCGCAAACCUCCAGCGGUGCAUUUAUUGUGCAUGAUACAGAUAAAUGCGCCCAGCUUCAGAGCCGCUGCCGCUGAGUGAACGAUGCUCAACAGCUUCUAAAAAUGAACGGAGGGCCCGACAGAUACGGAUUAACAAUGUAGGGAUGCUAUUAAUCUGAUACAGAGCUCUGCGGGUUUGCAUCGAUGGAGAGGGUGUCUGGUCACCUAUAAAAAGCCUGCACUUCCUUUUUGAUAGAUUUUUUCUUGAUUACAUUUUGGUGCCGAGGACGUUUUUCCAAAGGGUUUACCGUCGCUGGGCAUCAGACAAAACAUGGGGAACGCAGAAAGUAUGGAUGCUCAUCUCACAGAUUUCAGGGCGAGGGGCAGCAAACCCCCUAAACUGCCCAUGCCGGACCCGGCCGAACUGGAGGAGAGAUUUGCCAUCGCACUGAACUCUAUGAACCUUCCUCCGGAUAAAGUGAGGCUCCUUAGACAGUAUGACAAUGAAAAAAAAUGGGAGCUGAUAUGUGAUCAGGAACGAUUCCAAGUGAAGAAUCCUCCCCAUACGUACAUCCAGAAGCUCAGAAGCUUUCUGGACCCUGCCGCCACCAGGAAGAAAUUUAGAAGGCGAGUUCAAGAGUCAACUCAGGUGCUCAGAGAGCUGGAGAUAUCUCUUAGGACCAAUCACAUCGGGUGGGUGAGAGAAUUUCUCAAUGAGGAAAAUAAAGGGCUUGAUGUUCUUGUGGAGUACCUGUCUUUUGCCCAGUAUGCUGUCACGUUUGAUGGAGAUGUAACAGAGAGCACCACAGGUGAGACUUCUGUAGAGACCCCUUGGAGCAGGUCUAUAGAAGAUCUCCAUGGCGACAGCAAUCUACCAUCACCGGUCAGCGGCUGCAGCAUACCACGAUCCACACGGCACUCCAUUAGGUCUAAUACUUUGCCCAGUCGCAGAACUCUGAAGAAUUCACGUCUAGUGUGUAAAAAAGAUGACGUUCAUGUCUGCAUCAUGUGUCUCAGAGCUAUUAUGAACUACCAGUAUGGCUUCAACAUGGUUAUGUCGCAUCCCCAUGCUGUAAAUGAAAUUGCUCUGAGCCUUAACAACAAAAACCCCAGGACCAAAGCACUGGUUUUGGAGCUGUUGGCUGCUGUGUGUUUGGUCAGAGGAGGACACGAGAUCAUCCUGGCUGCUUUUGACCAUUUCAAAGAGGUCUGUUCAGAAUCCCAAAGAUUUGAGAAAUUGAUGGAACACUUCAAAAAUGAAGACAACAAUAUUGAUUUCAUGGUGGCGUGCAUGCAGUUCAUCAAUAUUGUGGUGCACUCAGUAGAGGACAUGAACUUCAGAGUUCAUCUCCAGUAUGACUUCACUAAGCUCGCUUUGGAUGACUAUCUGGAGAGGCUGAAGCACACUGAAAGUGAUAAACUCAAAGUGCAAAUCCAGGCUUACUUAGAUAACCUGUUUGACGUGGGGACGCUUCUAGAGGACGCAGAGACCAAAAACGCUGCCUUGGAACGUGUGGAGGAACUGGAAGAGAAUCUCUCCCAUAUGAAUGACAAACUCUUAGAAACAGAGAAUGAGGCCAUGUCUAAAAUCGUGGAACUUGAGAAGCAGUUGAUGCAGAAGAACAAAGAGUUGGAUGCCGUUCGGGCUGUGUACCGGGACACCAGCUCACAAGUUCACACACUUCGCCGGAUAGUUCGUGAGAAGGAUGAGACCAUUCAGAGGCAGUCCACUCUGGAGAAGAAGAUCCAUGAGCUUGAGCGCCGAGGCAGUCUCCAGAUCCAGGUGAGGGGCGAGGGAGAUGGGGAAGGAGACGUGUCUCCGCUGCCGUCACCUCCUCAACCAAUGGCUCUUUCCCCUUGCCCUGAUGCCAUGGCUCUGGCUGGAGCCUGUGCUGGAGCAUCGUACAGCUCUGGCAGCACAUCCCAGACUGGCACUCUUCGAGCAAUGGUCACACCACCUCCUCCUCCCCCUCCACCACCUCCAGUGGCAAGUUCCUCUGUUCCUAACGGGCCAUCGGCAGCUCUCGCUCCUCCACCACUGCUGCCGCCUCCUCCUCCACCUCCUCCUCCUCCCCCACCUCCACCUCCUGGGCACUCUAUUGAGAUCUCUGCUCCUUUACCCCCACCUCCUCCUCCUUGUGCUCCUCCUCUCCCAGGAAGCGGCACGCCAACUGUCAUAUUCAAUUCUGGCUUGACAGCUGUGAAAAUUAAAAAGCCAAUCAAAACCAAGUUCCGCAUGCCAGUGUUCAAUUGGGUGGCUCUGAAACCAAAUCAGAUCAAUGGCACCGUCUUCAAUGAAAUCGAUGAUGAGAGGAUCUUAGAGGAUUUAAAUGUGGAUGAGUUUGAAGAAAUGUUCAAGACCAAAGCCCAGGGCCCUGCCGUCGACAUGACGAUGCAAAAGCAGAAGGCUCCUCAGAAGGGUCCCAAUAAAGUGUCACUACUGGAGGCCAACAGGGCUAAAAAUCUUGCCAUCACUCUCCGCAAGGCAGGGAAGAGCCCAGAGGAGAUCUGCAAAGCUAUCCAGACGUUCGAUCUACGUACAGUGCCUGUGGAUUUCGUGGAGUGUUUGAUGCGGUUCAUGCCAACUGAAAGUGAGGUGAAGAUGCUCCGCCAGUAUGAGCGGGAGCGAAGGCCGAUGGACGGGCUCACUGAUGAGGACCGGUUCAUGAUGCUCUUCAGUAAGAUUGAAAGGCUGCCACAGCGGAUGACCAUCAUGGCCUUCAUGGGCAACUUUAGCGAUAGCCUGCAGAUGCUCACACCGCAACUGCAUGCUAUCAUAGCAGCAUCUGUAUCCAUAAAAUCAUCACAGAAAUUAAAGAAAAUCCUUGAGAUAAUUUUGGCACUUGGGAACUACAUGAACAGUAGUAAGAGAGGAGCUGUUUAUGGCUUCAAACUUCAGAGCUUGGAUUUGCUGUUGGAGACCAAGUCCACAGACAGGAAGCAGACACUUUUGCACUACAUAGCCAAUGUGGUGAAGGAGAAAUAUCCUGUUGUAUGUGUUUUUUACAAUGAGCUGCAUUACAUUGAGAAAGCUGCUGCAGUCUCACUAGAGAAUGUUCUCCUGGAUGUGAAGGAGCUACAGAGAGGUAUGGAUCUGACCAGAAGAGAGUACAGCAUGCAUGGCCACAACUCCCUGCUCAAAGACUUCAUCCAUCACAACGAGGCCAAACUGAAGAAACUCCUGGAUGAUGCUAGGAUUGCACAGGAUGCCUUUGACGAAGCUGUCAAAUUCUUUGGGGAGAGCCCCAAGACCAUGCCACCCUCUAUGUUCUUCCCUGUGUUUGUUCGCUUCAUCAAGUCCUAUAGGCAAGCGGAUGAAGAGAACGAGCAGAAGAAGAGGCAAGAGCAGCUGAUGAUGGAGAAACUUCUGGAACAGGAGGCCAUGAUGGAGGAGCACGAGAAUCAACAGUCCCCAUCUCACAAGGGCAAGCGGCAGCAGCAGGGGCUGAUUGCUGAGUUAAGGAAGAGACAAGGCAAAGAUAGCCGCCACGUCUAUGAAGGCAAAGAUGGAGCCAUUGAGGACAUCAUUACAGACCUGCGCAGUCAACCCUUCCGAUGGGCCGAUGCCCUGAGGAGGAGCGGGAGAAAGAAUUUGGAGGUCCAGCACCUUCAGCUACACAACAUGGAGAUCACCACCUGCUAACCAAGCUUGAUCAACUUCUAAGGACAGAAGGUGGGGCAGUGACACUACUGAAAGAAAAGAACAAAACAAAGCACACUUAAAACAACGGAAGGAUGGAUAAAUGUGACUUUAAACAAUUCUGUUUACAUGGGAUCUGGCAUCUCAAUUUAAUGGACUGUUUUAAAGAAAGCAAGAUGAAGAAAACAAGAAGUGUAGAGUGUUGUAGGUGGACCAUAUUUUAGUUUUUUUUUUUUUUUUUUUUUUUAAGAAGACAAUGGGGGCAGUAUGUAAUUUCCAUUCCUAAAAUACAUAUUUUAGUUAUAUUGAUUUUAAACACAGCUAAAAGGCUUCCUACCAGUGGUCAUCCUUCACAAAACGUAACCUCUACCACCUUUUAAUCAUAGGUAGAAAGCAAAAUGUUUUGAAACAAUUGAACAAUAUGAGCAUUUCAGUCAAAUGUAAUUCAUGCAAUAUUUCUGUUCAACUGUUCAAAAUCAACCCACCGCAACAGUUUAAAAUUAGUCCAAUUCUGUGCCAAAAAUAUAGAUUUGGCAACCCUGCAUCCAACACAAGCUAAAUACAAGGUGAUUUAAAUACUCUGCAUAUUGAUAUGCAGCUCCUUGAUGUGUGAAAAUUAUAUUCUAUAUUAUAAUGUUUGUGGGAGCAGGCUUUAAUAAUAGGCUGUAAUAGUCUGAAAUGGGGAGCGAGAUUAAGAAAACAGUCCCGUGCACAUUUUAAAACAAAAAUGCACACAAUGACUGGCAAGAGGAAAUAUGGUCACCCUAGUGUUGAAUGCAAUAUGUUGGCCUAUACAGUAAAAUGUGGAUUCUACAAACAGACAUUAGGAAGAAGACUGUGGUUUUAUGUUUAACUCUAUUCAGUUUUGUGACAUUGUGUAUUAUGCACAAGACAGAGCAGAAAUGCCAAAGGAAGUCCUUGAAUAGGCCCACUUUUCAUUUUCAUUGUCAUUUAACCUCUGGUUCUAAAACUCCAAACUGAGUAGCUUUUUCUGAGGGAAAGAUUUGCAAGAUGCACUUUUAAUUUUUUUUAUUAUUAUUUUAACUCUGAUCAUCUCUAAACUGAUCUUUUGAUUAAAAAACAUGGAUGAAAUGCGAGGGAGAUUCGAUCUUAAGCUGGACUUGAUACUGUAAUGCUACUGAGGAUUGCUCUCCUUUAGCAGACGAAAAAAUAACAUGAAAUGUUGAGAAAAUGUUUACUACCAAGCAUUCACAACCAGUGUGACAUUUUAUGUACAAUACAUCUCAUUUUAAUCACAGACUUGCUCUCCUUCUGGUUUUAACUCCUGUGACAUUAGUGAGCUGUGGAAAAGAGUUUGCUGUUUUUUAAAACGAAGACAUGUCAUUGGACAAAAAAUAAAGUCUUUUUUUUAAAUGUACAGAUAUUUUGCUACAAAAUUGAGCCUCUUAUUUUUUACAUUGUUAAUCCAUUGUGGUGCUGUACAUAUUGUUGAAACAAACGAACUUGUCCUGCAAUAUCACUGGAAUGUUAUUAACUUUUAUGUUGUUUAGUAUGACAGUAUUAUUUAAUCUGAUGGUGAAGACAGUGAAUCAACUUAUUGCUCUCUCGUCAGUACUAUUGUUGCAUAUGGUAAAUGUCUGUGGUUGCACGUAACACUUGAGAGCUCAAACAGACACUAGUGGCACAUAUAACUUUUUUCUACUUUGAUCUCUUUGACUGGAAUCAGUGGUUGUGUGCAAAUAAAGCAAUGACACCAGCACAA